GUCUGGCCUCGGCAUGGCCGCCCUGCUUGUGAGAAGCGCGGUGGCUUCGCUCGUGGACCCGCUCCUGCACCUGAGUCGCCUCGCCGCCGUGCAGCCCCGGGCCUUCUCGUCCUUCCUGCUGGGGACCCUUCCAAGCGCCAGACCCGCCGCCGCCGCCGCCGAGGUGCGCUCACUUCUCUGGGGCGCCCUGCCGCAACUGCAGCCCUCGCAGGGCUUCAAGACCAAGGGUGUCAUCAAGAGGCGCUGCAGGGACUGCUACAUGGUGAAGAGGCGUGGGCGCUGGUUCGUCCUCUGCAAGACCAACCCCAGGCAUAAGCAGAGGCAGAUGUAAGGGCCAAUGCCCGUGGGAAAUCCGUUUCGCCGUAUCAAACAAAAAUAAAUGUAAGCAUUCUGUAAUCUAAGAUCUGUGACUUAGGGUUUUGUUGGACUCACCUGCUUCCCCACCCCGAAUCGUAGCCCAGUUCCUUCAAAUCCAGUCAGUCCAGAGCUACAGAUGGAGAAGAAGUUACUGUUCCUGCAGCUCUGUGUCGAGCUAGAGGACAGAAGAAACAGGAAUGCAAAGCCAGCUUUACCUCUGGAGACAGGCUCUGGCUCUGGGCACUGGCUGACCUGAAACUGCAGAGAACCUCCUGCCUCUGCUUCCCUGGCAUUCAUCAAAUGCAGCAGAAUGCAAGUGCUUUUUAGAAGCCUACUGAGCCAGAAGGCUCCUGUAGGGAGCACAACCACCUCCGCUUAAAAAUAAACGGUGUUGUUGGAUAACAAUUACCCCAACCUUUACUCAAGGAAAACCUUGUUUACAUGUAGAUGUCUUUCAGAUACCAAUUAAAAAAUGUUUGUCAUGACUGUUCUUAAA